AUGCCAGCUGAAUGGGAGCCUCACAAGCAGUGCUGGAUGGGAUGGCCACUCAGGCCUGACAAUUGGAGGAACAAAGCCCAGCCAGCACAGGAGGCUUUUGCUGCAGUAGUUGCAGCCAUCACGGCCUUUGAACCUGUCACUGUCUGCGGUCCAAAUCCGGCUCAGGUGAAGGUAGCUUCCACGAAGGUGCCAGCAGGGACGGAGGUGCUGUGCAUGUAUCAGAAUGACUCCUGGUUCAGAGACAGUGGUCCCACGUUUGUGGUGCGCGAUAAGCCAGGCAGCCCCGGUGAGAGGGAGCUUGCCGGCGUGGAUUGGGUGUUCAAUGCCUGGGGAGGCCUCACAGGAGGCCUCUACAAGGACUGGCGCAAUGACGACAUGAUUGCUGGGCGCAUAUUGCGGCUGCAGGGGGUGAAGCGCUACAAGUGCAGCGCAGUGCUGGAGGGCGGCUCUAUUCACACAGAUGGAGAAGGGACGCUGCUGACGACUGAGGAGUGCCUGCUCAACCCCAACAGGAACCCAUCCAUGACCAAGGCACAGAUCGAGCAGAUGCUGAAGGACUACCUGGGCGUGCAAAAGGUGUUGUGGCUGCCGAAGGGGCUGUAUGCGGAUGAGGACACCAAUGGCCACGUGGACAAUGUUGCCUGCUUUGCGCGGCCGGGCGCCGUUCUGCUGUCCUGGACGGAUGAUGAUUCAGACCCCCAGCAUGCAAGGUCCGUGGAGGCCUACAAGUACCUGAGCGGCCAGACUGAUGCCAGGGGCCGCCAGAUUGAAGUCAUCAAGCUGCCCCUGCCUCCGCCGUUGCACAUGACAGAAGAGGAGGCCGCAGGCAUCGCACAGGUGGAGGGGUCUGUACCCCGGAAAGCAGGCGAGCGGUUGGCGGCUUCUUAUGUGAACUUCUACCUGCCCAACGGUGGCGCCGUCAUCCCUCAGGCCCUGGAGGGGUUAAGGGAGGUAUUUCCAAAGCGCAAGGUGGUGGGUGUGCCCACUAGGGAGGUCCUGCUGGGCGGAGGCAAUAUUCACUGCAUCACACAGCAACAGCCUGCUGUGUGA